AUAGCCCGGAUUCAUAUAGAUGUAGCACCGGCUCUAUGAGUUUGGCAUCGCUGCAUAGUUCGGAGCAGAUCAUAUAAACAGACAGCGAUACUAAAACACGUCAACUCUCAUUUCAGCGACAUCAAGAGGGACGGUUCAUCCCAUCAACAUGGCGGAAAACAUAAUUGUCCGCGUCCAGUCUCCAGAUGGAAUGAAAAAAAUCACCUUAACAAAGCGUGAGACUGCUGCAGCGUUCCUCAAGAAGGUUGCCAAAGAGUUUGGCUUCAGUUCAAAUGGUUUCUCCGUUUACCUGAACCGGAACAAGACUGGAGAGAUCCUGUCACAGAACAAGACCCUCAGUCUGCUGAAAAUCAAGCACGGCGACAUGCUCUUUCUUUACCCAUCCUCAGCUGGACCCUCCAGUGAGAACAUGGACACAGCUCAGCCUCACACCUCUUCUUCCUACCCUUCCUUCCCUUCAUCCUCUUCUUCAUCAUCUUCCUUAUCCCGUUCACACUCUGCACCACAGAUCCAAGAGGACGAGAUUGACCAGUAUCUGUCCAAACAAGAGGGAAAGAUCUACAGAAACCAAGACCCCCAGCUGUGCCGGCACGGUCCCAUGGGGAAAUGUGUGCACUGCGUACCUUUAGAGCCUUUUGAUGAAGACUAUCUGAACCACCUCGACCCACCGGUCAAGCACAUGUCCUUCCACGCCUACAUCCGGAAACUCACCGGCGGGGCAGACAAGGGGAAGUUUGUGGCGCUUGAGAAUAUCAGCUGUAAGAUUAAAUCUGGCUGUGAGGGGCAUCCGCCCUGGCCAGAGGGCAUCUGUACCAAGUGCCAACCCAGCGCCAUCACUCUCAACAGACAGAAAUAUCGACAUGUGGACAACAUCAUGUUUGAGAAUCACACCAUCGCGGACCGUUUCCUCGACUUCUGGAGGAAGACGGGGAACCAGCGGAUGGGGUACCUGUAUGGACGCUACACCGAGCACAAAGACAUCCCUCUCGGCAUUCGAGCAGAGGUUGCCGCCAUCUAUGAACCUCCUCAGAUUGGAACCCAGAACAGCUUGGAGUUGAUUGAAGAUCCCAAGGCAGAAGCAGUUGAGGAGAUUGCUGCAAAACUAGGCCUGCGGAAGGUGGGGUGGAUUUUCACGGAUCUUCUGUCAGAGGACACUAGGAUAGGCACAGUCCGCUACACCAGAAACAAGGAUUCAUACUUCCUGAGUGCAGAAGAGUGCAUCACAGCUGGACACUUCCAGAACCAACAUGCCAACGCAUGUCGGCUUUCCCCGGACGGCCAUUUUGGAUCCAAGUUUGUCACGGUAGUAGCAACAGGUGGUCCAGAUAACCAGGUGCACUUUGAAGGGUAUCAAGUGUCCAAUCAGUGCAUGGCUCUGGUGAGGGAUGAAUGUCUACUGCCCUGCAGAGAUGUGCCUGAACUGGGCUAUGCCAAAGAGUCCAGCACAGAACAAUACAUCCCUGAUGUCUUCUACAAGGACAAAGACAAAUUCGGCAAUGACAUCACGUAUUUAGCACGACCACUGCCAGUGGAGUACUUGAUCAUUGACAUCACCACCACUUUCCCAAAGGACCCCGUGUUCACUUUCUCCUCUACUCUUCGCUUCCCCAUCGAAAACCGAGAAGCACUGGGAGAGAUGCAGGACUUCCACAGUUUAGCAACAUAUCUUUCCCAGUGUUUUUCCUCCUCCUCCUCCUUCCUGGACAUCGUCUCAGACUUCCAUCUGCUUCUCUUUCUUGUCACCAAUGAGGUCAUGCCUUUACAGGACAGCAUUGCGCUUCUGCUGGAUGCAGUGAAGACAUCCAAUGAGGAGCUGGCUCAAACCUGGAAGAAAUCUGAGCAGUGGGCCACAAUCGAGCAGCUCUGCAGCACAGUUGGAGCGCAGCCGUCGGGAUCUCUGGAUUAUGCCAUGGGCGGCCCAACUCUCCCCCAGUCCUCUUCAGCUGUGUGGUCCUGCCUCCACUGCACAUUCAUGAACCAGCCUGGCACUGAGCACUGCGAGAUGUGCAGUUUGCCCCGCAGCUAAAACCCCAUGAAUCCGGGCUGCACCGUGCAUCCCACCGGGAACAGCAGUGAGAGUGGGCGUGCUUCCCUGUGUUCCUGCCGUUUUAGUAUGCCUAAUCCUUAACUCCUCGCCUCCCUCACUGACUGUGUCGCAUCUAAAUGCCGAUGGCAGCCGCGUGCCCGACUAUGCGCCUGAUCCAACGCUGUGAGCUGCAUCAUUUUGAUGAUGCUGAUGGCCGAAGAUGAUGGGUUGUACCCAUGUAGCACUCUCUGUGUGAGCCCAGUGCAUUCUGGGACUUUUAUUUAGACAAGCACUUGGCUCCUUCCACCCUCCUCCUCUCCCUCCGUGGUCCAAACUAACCUUUCAGCUCCAUUGGUGAAACAUCUGAUGUUAAACGUCUUUUCCCCAACUGUCACUGAAGAUGUGUAAAUAAUAAACAGAAGGAAUAAUACAGUUAUUUAAUUUCAAAAGAUUUUAUAUGUUAUAGUAAACAUGCAGCAGAAGGGGCUUUGUGGUUUGCAGCACUGAUCAUGGUUUCUUAGGUCAUCAACCGUAGUUUAAAACCCUAUCUUCUCCGAACAAGCAUGCUUGCUUUUAUUUUCUUCCAUUUAUUUUUCAAAACACUUUAUUUUGAUUGAAUUCUCAUCAAUGCUUGAUUAGAUUGAAGUCGAAUGGUAGCUUUGGCUGCAUAGGUUCCUUUUCCUCAAGAUUGUAAUUGACUGUUGACUUCUGAAAGCUUAAGAAGCUAUGCUUUGAAUGUGGAUUGGUUUACGUUUGCUUUGCAAAAACUGUAGCCACUCAACUUUGGUGCAUGUACUCUUUUACGCACCAUUUCACUGUCAUCACCCUUUCAAUGCUAAUUUCCUCUUCCGUCCCCAUGGCGCUUGUCCAGAUUUCAGUUGUGGAGAUUUUUUUUCCACCGUUCAGCCCUUGAGGAGCCUGUACUGUUGCACCUUCAAAGGGUUCUGUCAGGGCCGUCUUUGAACACACUUUCUCACUUGCCGGCUCCACAUCUGGUGAUGAUCAUGAGAGAUUGAUUGAUUGAUUGAUUGACUGAUAGAGAAGAACAGCGCUACAAAUAUAAAAGCAAAAGUCUAAACUUAUUCAACUUGAUUGACAUCUUUGCUUUGGACUUUUUUUUUAAUCCAGCCUCAGAUCUUCUACACUGGUCUGUGUAGUUCAGCAGAUAGAUUUUACUGGCUGGAAACAGGGUUAAAUUGUCUUCUGACAGCCAUUUUCACUUGGCCACGAAUCAAUGUUUUAGAAACCAGCCCAAAGACAUCUCUUAAAUAUGCAUUCAGGAGAAUUUCAGCCCUCUGAAAUGAUCUAGAUGUUUACAUUUUGUGGUAUAUUUUGUAGUUUCUUCAAUUUUCUUAAUUCUCAUACUCGUAAUUUCCAACACUCUUAAAAUUUAGUCAAUUGGUUCAUUUAAAUGGGAACAACACAUCAUCAUUAUCCAGAGAUUGAAAUCUGAUUUCUGCUUUAAGAGGUUUGAGGUACAGAUAGCUGCGUUUAGGCCCCAUUGUCACAAAACACAGGUGGCCCUGAGUUGUAUGCUUUCAGUUGGUUUUGGGGUUUUAAAUACAAGACAAAAGUUCAACAAUAAAACCAAUUACUUUCAAA